AUGAGACGAGAACGAAUUGGUAGUCGAUUUUUUAAGAUUUUUCUAUUAAUAAUGCUGUGCUGUCUAAUAUUUAUUUGUCGUAUCGAUCGGAAACAAGACAAAAGCAUACGCGACGGUCAUCAGUUUUCAGUCGUUGAAGACAAUGAAUUCUUUGUCAACACCACUGGAUGUCGAAUAAGUUCAAUGAAACCACUUUCGGAUUUGGCUCUGUCCUUCAUGCAGCCUUUUGAUCCUAUUGUGUGUAAAAUGGCGCAGUUGAUGGUCGCUGAAACAAUUGGAGGAAGGAAUUACUUAGUCAGAAACAUAUCAAAGUCAGGUCUUCUUUCAUGUUGUCGGGUGUGGCGCUGGAGACAAGUUUCCUGCAUGUAUCGGGAAUUUGUCAGGGUCGACGAUUCAAACAACAAGUACAAAUCCUGGAAGUUUUUCAAGCUACUGGAAGCAUCAAGGUAUCUUGAAGUGGGAACUGGGCAGCAACAUAUUCGCUUCUGGUGCUGGGUGGACUUUGCCAGGAUUAUUUUUCAUGAUGUCUUUUAUUUCCUACCACCGCCUUUGAAUGGUUCGGAAUCAUCUCGACAUCAGGAUCGUCUUUCCGUAAUGAUCUUAGGCAUUGAUUCUAUUUCUCACAUGCACUACCUACGCUAUUUUAAUCAGGUGGCCGACUUUAUUGAGCACUUACCCCACACAGAAUUCUGGGGCUAUAAUAGAAUCGGAAGAAACACCUAUCCCAACCUAAUUCCGCUGCUGACUGGUCUAUCUAACGAUGAGAUGGAGCGGACUUGUUACGAUGGCAGACCAAACUUUGACAAAUGCCACUUUUUAUGGGAUGAUUUUAAAAAGGCGGGAUACACCACCGUCUUUGGGGAAGACACUGAUGUAUUCGGAUUGUUUAUCUACCGAAAGAAAGGAUUCAAGAAGCAGCCCACCGACUUUUACAUGCGUCCCGUGAUGCCCGAGAUUGAAUCGCAUUCUUUAUAUCGCACAAGUUUAGAUUUAAAAUGCACUGGGCAUCGCCUUUAUGGAGAUGUGUAUUAUCAAUUCAUCUUGAAUCUAAUUCCACACAUGCAGCGCAUUCCAUUAUUCUCAUUUUUCUGGAAUAUGCACGGCGUUCACGACUAUUUUAACUUUGCCAAGCUGGUGGAUAAAGAUUACCUGAAUAUAUUGAAGAAAUUGUACGAGAAGGGAGUGAUGGAGCGCACUCUAAUUCUGUUUAUUGGUGAUCACGGCUUGAGGUUUGAAAAAUUUGCGCGAACUGCUGAAGGACAGCGACAGACGUCACAGCCGCUCCUAAUCGCAAUUUAUCCCGAAUGGCUGAAAAGAAAAUUCCCCCAAGCCAUGUCUAAUUUUCACCAGAACUCUAAGAGUCUUAUGACUACAUUUGACCUGCACGAAACCCUCAAAGAUGUAAUGCAUCUUGAUCGACUAACCGAUGCUAGCAUAAGUAAUCGAACGCGGUAUUUGGAAAACAGCCGAGGGAUCAGCCUGUUCCUACCCAUUCCGGAGCGCAGAGAUUGUCGUAGUGCCGAGAUACCGCGACAUUACUGCCUCUGCAACGAGCUAACCAUCAUUUCCACCCAUGGAAGUGCCGUUCAAGAGGCUGCCCAUUUUACAGUGGACAGGAUUAACGAUCUCAUCAAGCCUUAUCCCCAAUGUCAAAAACUGCUGCUAAAGGAAGUUCACGCAGCUUAUGGCGCAAAACGUGAAUCUGGAGGAAGACGCGACCUGUCACAGAUUAUGGUCCGUUUGAAGACGACGCCGGGAAACGGAAAUUUCGACGCAACCGUUCUUAUAAUAGACUUUAAUCAGAGGAGAACCCUGGAACUCGGAGGUCCUGUGACCAGGACUGACAAGUAUGCGCAUCAGUCCUAUUGCGUUCAAAACUACCGCAUAGAAAUGUAUUGCUAUUGCUUGUAA